CAUCGUGAUUAAUUCUUGUCAAAACCAUCACAAUGGGCUAACUGACCUAGUUUCAUCCUCAGCUAUCAUUCCUCACUGGUGCCCCGUCACCGUAUAACGAUAGCGCAGACAGGGUAACCAUUCCAUUAUCACUCAUUAAAAAAAAAAGUACAAUAGCUUAGGUACAUAGAUUAAGGUUAGUAUACUAUAUACCUGACCUAAUAGAUAUAAAAAAAAUUAUGUCAAUCAAUAUGACGUUAAAUAUUUGAAAUGAUAAACUUUAUUAAAAUUAUUAAAUAAUAAAAAAAAAUAUACAAGAUGUCAUAUUAUCUUUCCCUCCAAUUAUAGACACAAUGAAAAAUGAGAAAAUUUGUAACGCUGGACUGUUUGAUAGACUGCAGCGAUAUCGAGCAGUUUCCGAGUGAUGCAAUACAAAACCUAAGGGAGGCAGUACUCGUUCCUGCUGCCUACACGCCCCAUAUUUCACAAACGUUACAGAGUAUUAAUUUUAAGUUUCAUAGAACUUGUAGCUACUCUAAUAUUAUAAGGGAAUGUAAUGCUAGCGAAGGCGAGACGCUGUUAAUGUUCUGGGGCUGCAACCGCUCCGAGAGUAGAUUCACUAUGAGUAUGUCGGCCUCGAGUUGCUCCUCCAUACACAUGCCGCCAAGCGGCCUAAACAGCCAGCGUGACAAAGAACUGCGCACCACAGCCCAGCAGACGGAUAUCAGCUGCAGAUCGCCAGGAAGCUCCUCUGUGAGCACACCAGAAAAUGAGGAACAGCGAUUGCUGCGCGCGCGCAUCGCAGACUCCUUAACAUUCUCGUCACCGGCGUCGACGCUGCUGCAGCCUACUGGGCGUUCCAUGUCCAUACUGGGCUCAGUAUGCGCGCUACUACUCAAUAAACAGGGUCCUAAUCAAGCACCGAAAGAAGUCUUAAGUUUUACUGAUAGUAUCCACUCCGACAACAUAUGCCGGAUUUGCUUCGGCGGGGAGUCUGCUGAGCGGUUGGUGCGGCCGUGUUCGUGCCGGGGGACUAUCGCGGCGGUCCACCGCUCCUGCCUGGAGCGGUGGCUGCUUCAGGCUGCCACCUCGUACUGCGAGCUCUGCCGCCACCACUAUAUUGUCACCAGGAGUCAUAAGUGGUCGUGGGUGCGGUCGGUGGCGGAGUGGGCGGUGUCGGGGCGCGGGCGCGCGCUGGCGGCGGACGCGGCGCGCGGCGCGGCGCUGGGCGCGGCCAGCGUGCUGGGCACGGCGCGCGCGCUGCACGCCUGCGAAUUCGUGCUGCAGGCCGGCGCACGCCGCGGGGGCUCCGCCGCGCUCGCCGCCAACAUCUUCUCCUCGCUGCUCAUCGGGAUCAUUGGCGCCUUGAACGGCUUGCUGACCACGUGGAUGCUGCUCAAGAUCCAAGAGCACCAGCUAUCGUGGCGAGCGUGGCGCGACAGCACGCUGCACGUGCACGUCACCCUCGCUGAUGAGGAGCACACCCUCACGCCGCGCUCUUCGGUCGCGACGGUCGUCGCCGGCGACCGGAACAGCUCCACCGCGGACCGCAGUACGAACAUAGCUGAUCCUUUUAUGGUGGCACUGCCGUACAUGUCACAAGAUCCGUGAAUGUCAUAGAUUUAUGCCUUUUUAUUUGAUAAAGUUCAAGAAUUAAGAUCAUACAGUUAUUUUCUUUAGUCGUUGAUAACAUUUGAA